AUGGCUGUCGCGCAGGCACAGGGGCUGGAGGGACGAGGCAUGAGCGCCAGCCCCACGCAGAGAUGGAAGCCAAGCCUCGACCAGCGCGCCCAGGAGCUGCACGCCGCCAUCGCCUUGCAAGAGCAAGGAAGGAAGUUUUUCGUGCAGUUGUGCGAGGAGAAACUCAGUCAGAAGAGAGAGGUGCUCCCCAAGCUGCGCGAGGCGGUGCGGGAGGAUGUCCGCACUCUGGACAGCAUCGAGAAGGGCAACAAACUCAGCACCUCCACAGCUUGCGAAGAGCAGAAGCCCUUGGGCGUCGCUUUGGCCAGGGAGACGGUGGAGGUGGCCCAGGAGAGGCUCCGCAGUGAGAUCUAUGACCAGGUGAACACAUCCAACCUGCUGCUGUACCAGCUGAGUCAGCGGAGCCGAGCCCAGGGCGAGCUGCAGAGGCGGCUACAGCAGCUCCUGGAUGCUGAGAUGGAUGACAAGCAGCACCAGGCACAGGCACAGAUGAUUUGCCAGCUGGAGAACAAGAUUGGGAAGACACUCCCGAAAAUCCGUGCUGCUCAGACAGACAGCACCCUGUACCUGAUGGCGCGGGAUGUCCUGAAGAAGGAGCUGGUCAGCCUGCUUCAGCACCUGGACAUCAUGAGCAGGAUGUCUGAGAUGUACCACUGGGACCUGGAAGACAUGGAGCACAUGCCCUUGGAAGCUCGCAAAUCUGCUUAUAUAGUCAAGAAGGAUAUGGCUGAUAUGGAAACCGUCUUCCUCAUGGAGAGAGAGGUCAGGUCCCAAACACUGGCUGCCAUCCAAGCGGAGGACGACAUGCUCUGGUUCAUGGAAGCAAGUCAAAAGCAUCGGAGGCUGCUAGCCAGAUUCAAGUUCACCAUAGACUCCUCGAGCCUGCAGGAAUCGCUAACAGACACCGAAUCAGAGGACACCAAGUCUCAGAUGGACUACAGGUCCGGCAUGAUCGAGAAGAUGGAGGAUGCCAAGGCACUGAUGAAGUGCUCCUGCAUCUGGGACAUGCACAAAAGGAUCCAGGCAAAGCAGAAUUACUCGGUGGACCUGAAGCAUCACUUCAAUGACCUCAAGGAGAAGAAGCAGGCACUGAAGAAGACACUGGAGGAGUUGGAGCUGAAGCAGGCUGAGCUGAAGUUUCGUCAGACCCCCAAAACAACCAGGUGCAGGAUGCUGGAGGAGAGCCUGAGGAUGAACCUGCAGAAGGAAGAGGCUCGGCUGAAGCAGAUGCCAGACCAGAUGUUGAGGAACCAGCGUCUCCUAUAUGAGUUAGAAAAUGCCAUCAACAAACUCUUCUUCUGUCUGUAUGGCAUCACCGCACCCAACCAGGAUGAUUCUCCCAAGGCCACGGGGAUGAAGGAGAAGUUCCACCACUGUCGGCAGAAGCUGCAGUACCUGAAGCAGCGGGUGGCUGACCUGCCCCCCACCAGCCACAGCCCCGAUGAGGACGAUGAGAUUUUUGUGAAAGUCAGACAUAUCCUGGAGAAUACGACUGCAAGUGAUACAAAGAACCUGAAGAUUUCCUUGGAUGACGCAGACAAUAGCGUGCAAGACCCCUUGUAUUUUAUUCGCAAAGGCCACAGCCUUGCCCUCUCCCGGGAAGAGAUCAAGCAGCAGGGGAUGCAACUGAUUGAAAGCAAUAAGAGCAAGAAGAAGAAGUAG